UUGUGCUGCAGUGCCCUAUUCAGCUACUCCUUUUUGGAUAUUUCCACAUAUAUAUGUUGAUAUCGUCAUACAUAAAGAAAUGCAGAUUAACAAAAGUAAUGAAUGGAUAAAAUUAGUAAAUAAUAGAAUAAAGAGUAUAUAUAAAUCCUUUAUUGUUAUAUUUACGGAUGGGUUAAAGGAAGUAGUUUCAGGUAAAACAGGAUUUGCUUAUGUAAUUCCAGAGUUGAACAUACAUAUGAAACAAAGAACAUCUGAUCAUUUAGCAGUUUACACAGUAGAAAUGUUAGCAAUUCUGAUGGCAUUACAGUGGGUAGAACAAAAUAAAAUAAGAAGAGUACUUAUAUGUUCAGAUUCAUUGUCAUCAUUCAUAUCUAUUGCCAAUUUCUCAUCUGAAAGUCACAUAGAACUUGUUUAUGAAAUACAUGAAAUCAUAUUUAGACGUCUACAGUUACAAAUAAUAGUUAGAUUUAUGUGGGUACCUGCUCAUAAAGAUA